GUUUUGCUCCUAUAUCACGCGUGGACACGCCUUAGCACAGAUUUUGUCAAGGAUGGAAUCAUUAUCAAUUUGAUGGGGCUCUUGCGUCCUUUGUGAUUAACAGCAUCCCGUUUGAAUGGAGAAAUUACCAAUGUCGGCCAAGUUACGUCUCUCUUUUUCCCAUUUCUUUAAAUCCCCUCUGUCCUCGUGUACACCCAUGUGAGUGUAUUCACUAGUCUGAGGCCCUUAUUCCACCUGGUGGAGUCAACUCUUCAGAGGAUGGACCACUUGUGCCUGGCCGUAUUUCAUAGACUUAAAGGAAUCAACACAAUAAUUUAAGAAGAAGAAUGAAGAAAGAAAAAUUGUGUGCGAUUUCUCCGACCAGCCGGAGCCCAGACAUCGAUGCUGGAUGGGCAUGGAUUAUUGCUGUAGCCGCUCUAUUCGCAUCGGCGAUUUCUUCGGGCGUCUACUUCACUUUUAGCAUGUAUUUCCCCAUACUUUUGAACGAGUUCCAGGCCUCUCGGGCCGCUACCGCCUGGGUCGGAUCGCUCAAUAACGGCAUCUACAUGCUGGCAGGUCCGAUAGCCACAUUUUCUAUACGGCGGAUUGGAUGCCGAUGGACGGUUAUGAUCGGUGGCAUGACAUCCAUGAUCGGACUGGCUUUGAGCAGCGUAGCGCCCAGCCUGACUAUGCUCUUUUUCACUUACGGCGGAAUUACAGCGUUCGGGCUUUGUUUGAAUUACACGUCGUGGAUCGUGGCCAUUUCGGACAGUUUCAACAAGAAACACGCCAUCGCUUUCUCGCUCAGCCAGUCCGGUGUUGGGCUGGGCAUUUUCAUCUUCGGUCCGCUCUUCAGUUUUCUCAUCACCGAAUUUGGAUGGAGAGGAGCUUUGCUCAUCACCGGAGCCUGCACUCUCCAGCUGACGUGUUUGGGCGCUUUGAUCUUCCCGUUAAGAAAUCCGAAGGAGAUAGAAAUCACCAAUUUGGAAAGCCAUCCGCUAACCAAAGAGGCGAAAUGCACGGACGAGGAAAUCAAAGAGAUAUUACAUAAUCUUAACUCUGAAGUCGCUGCUGUCGUUGAUGAACCCACCACCGCCUCAAAGUGGAAGAAUCACUGUGCUGCUAUGCUUCAUCUCAGCUGCUUCUUUUGGUCGGUGGCCACGUCCAUUCCGUACAUUCUACUGGCCGAUUACGCCCGUUCUCUUGAUCUGAUGGAAUAUUACAUCAUCAUGCUGAGCACGAUGGGGAUAGGAGAUCUCAUAUGCCGUUUAGUUAUAGGGCCACUCAUCACCGUUUGGAAAUUAGACGUCACGAAACUGUACGCCAUCUCGCAGAUAGCCUGCGCCAUAACAAUUGCUUCCUUUCCAACCGUGGUGAACGGCGUCCAGAUGAUUAUCCAAGGUUUCUUAUUCAGCGUGACUUUCGGCUGUCAGUGUUUGUUUCUCGCUCUCGUUCCGCGUGCGCUUUUCGGAAGUGAAAAUUUGAAUCGAAUCUUCGGCGUCUCCAUGUUUUUCGGAGGAAUUGGCAUUCUUAUCGGUCCACCGAUCGCAGGACUUAUUGUGGAUAUCACGCCAGGUCGCUCUUAUUGGUUGGCCUUUGUCUUCGCUUCUGUCAUGGAACUUUUAUCGGCGAUCGCCACAAUUGGCGCUCUGUUCUUCGCUAAUCGAAAAUGAAGUCUUUCCAAAAUUUGAAUAAUUUCCGGUUUGUUGAAAUUAAGUGAGAUUUAUUUUUUUCGUUAGUUAAUUCGACAUUCUCCACAUGUUAUGGACAAUUACAGAUUUUUUUUCAAAAAUA